UCGGCGCCGUUUGACGGGAUGGGGGUUCAAGGUAUGACCGCUCUGGUGGCGGCUCACCGGAGGAUCUACCGGGACGUCCGGUUCAGGGACCGCCGGCUGGUGGUCGACGGCUGCAACCUACUGUACAUGCUGUACUUUGACUCCGGUCUGGACCAGAACCACGGCGGGGACUACGCUACCUUUGAGGUCCUAAUUGAGAAGUUCAUCAAAGCCCUCAGAGGAUGCCGGAUCUCGCCGUACGUGGUUCUUGAUGGAGGCUCGGACUACACCGACAAGAAGCUCCCGACGCUGACGCGAAGAGCCCAGGACCGGAUCCUGAAGGCCCACCGAGCGGCGGAGGGCAACCGGCCGGAGGGUGUCCUGCCACAGCUGGUCCAGCUGGUCUUCAAACAGACGCUGGACCGGCUGGAGGUCCCGCUGGCUCAGUGCUACGGAGAGGCGGACCGCGAGAUCGCCGCCCUGGCCAGGGAGUGGCGCUGCCCGGUGCUGUCCGGAGACAGCGACUUCUACAUCUUCGACCUCCCGGCGGGGCUGCUGCCCCUCUCGGACUUCAAGUGGGAUGCGCUGGAGCAGAGCGGCUCGCGGAGCUACGUCCCCUGCAAGAAUUACACCAGCUCCAGCUUCUGCGUCUUCUUUAAUGUCCGGCAGCAGCUGCUGCCCACCUUCGCCGCCUUGGCUGGGAACGACUACGUGAGGCUGCCGCACGGCUCCUUCGACUGGGCUCGGUUCGCCCCGGAGGGCCGCGGGGCGACGAGGCGCCUGGAGGGGCUGCUCCGCUGGCUGAAGGGGUUCCACCAGCCUCAGGAGGCCUUGGAGGCGGCGCUGGAGCUGAUGGGAGACAUGAGCAGCGAGAGGAAAGCAGAGCUGCUGAAGGCCUUGUGUCUGGGGGUGGAGGAGUACCAGCUGCCCCCCUGCUUCCUCCAGAGGUUCUUCAUCCAUGGGACGGCUCCUCCUUUCCCAGCAGAAGUGGCGGAUCUGGUUCCAGACUGGACCUGGCUGCCCCUGACUCAGGCCCGGCUGAAUCCAGGGAUCCUGGACCUGCUGCUGCUGCAGAGGAUGCAGCUCACCUUCCCCGUAGGCCCCGCCCACCUGCCCAGUGCUCACCUGGUGUCCAGGCCGCUCCGACAGGUGAUGUACGGGCUGCUGCUGGGAGGCGGGAGGCAGGUGGUGGAGAGAGACAGACACGGCCUCCAGCUCGCCUUCAUCCCCGUCCAGCCCACCUUCACAGGGGGCUCGGGGCAGCUGCUGCUCCCCUCCCUGGACCAGGUGCAGCUCUCUCAGUGCCUGCAGGUGUUGCUGGAGGCUCUGCAGGUGACGGAGGCCUCUCUGAGCCGGCUGCCCACUCAGCUGCGCCUCCCGGUGGCCGUCACCUGCUACUGGCUGCAGAGAGCCGAGCCUCCCCCAGAGGAGGAUCUGCUGGAGGCGCUGCUGCUGGGCCUGAGCACUGGACCUCCCCCGAGGCCCCCAGCAGCUCCUGAGUCCAGACGCCAGCUGGAUGUGGGCGUGGCUCACUCCUUUAACCAAUGGCAGAGCUGCCUGAAGUUCGGCAUCAAGCUGAACCAGCUGCUGGGUUUCCCCUUACCUGAGCCCCAGAUCUCCAGGCUGUACGAGGGGACGGCGCUCCACCAGCUGGUCCACCGGAUGCGGUCUGAAGAACGGCCGCUCGGGAGGAACCGUGGCCCGAGUCUGGACCUCCUUCAGAGCCUCCGGGCCGUGGUCCAACAGUUCCAGAAGACGGCGUCCUCAGAGACCCAGAAGACGGCUCCGCAGCCUCGGGACGACCUGGCCCCCGGCCUGCAGCGCCUGAUCCUCCUGAACGAGGACCAGGAGGCCGCGACUGAAGCCGGCUGCUCGGUCGGGGUUCAGGAGGAUCUGGGACUCGCUGACCUGGUCUCGGUGAGAACUCGGUACCGAACCAAACAGAGAAACAACCGGUGCAGGAACCCAGAACUGUCCCGCAAAGAGGAGUGCCGGGGCUUCCUCUGGUCCUGAGACUGGACCCCCCAUCCUGGUCCUGAUUCUAAUCCUGUUGAGUCCAACUUGUUCGAGGCGGAUCAGCAGAAAUGUGACCAAUCAGAAACCAGCGCAAUGCAUUCUGGGUAAACCUGUGGGACGGAGGACUAUAGAGUCUUUAAAGACUUGAGACUAGAAACUUAAAAAACUUCAGACUUCUUACUGGCAGAAUUUUAGAGUGAAGUAUUUCACUUUGGAUUGUUUUAGAUUUUACCGAUUUAGAUUUUUCAUACAAAAAAAAGAUAAUUUUAGAAAAUGUUUGAAGAAGAAUCUACCGAACAGUGCGGAGUGUUUAUGACUAGUAACAAUAUGUUAUUCAUUUUGAAACAUUAAGUACUAAUAGUACUUCAUCAGGUGGUAUUGCAGUAUUUGUACAUCGUUGUAUUACAUAUAAUUAUAUGUAUAAAUACAUGAAUAAAACCAA